UUGGACUCGCAACCCCUGGCGCAAUUUCACUCUCCGGCAAGAGCUGGCAGCGAUCAGAGCGGCUCCACGAUGGCACUGAGAGUAUCGGCGCUCGCAGCGGCUCUGCUGCUCCUACACUUUACGAGUAACGAGGCGCUUCCACCCUUAAAUGAGUGUUUGCCUGAUGAAAAAUUCGGCAUUUACUGUCCUACGACCUGUGGGAUAGCCGAUUACAUGCACAGAUACAAACCGUCUGCUGACCGAGAUCUAGACAAACUACAAAACCUUUUGUAUGCUAUUUCAAAUUUAACUUUGGGAGCAGAAGAAAAGGUGAACUACGUGAGGGACAGUGCGACGUCUGUUCAGAAGUCCAAUCUGAAUGAUGCUGCAAUAAAAAGGUCAAACAGCUUGUUGGAUGACAUUUUAAGAUAUGAAAAGGCUAUUAUUAAUCAAGAAGCGCAGAUAUAUGAACUACAAGACUUCAUCCAAACAAACACUAAGCGAAUGCUGCAGCUGAAACAGAUGGCAGUGCAGCUUGAGGAGCGCUGCAAAGAGCCAUGCAGAGACACCGUCCAGAUACUACCAACCACUGGCAAAGAUUGCCAAGACGUUGCUAACAAGGGUGCCAGGGAGAGCGGCCUGUACUAUAUUAAGCCUGUCAAAGCCAAACAGCAAUUUUUGGUGUACUGUGAAAUCGAUAAAUAUGGCAAUGGCUGGACUGUCCUUCAGAGGAGGCUGGAUGGCAGUGUGGACUUUCAUAAGGACUGGAUUCAGUACAAGGAAGGAUUUGGUUAUCUCUCCCCCACUGGCACCACCGAGUUCUGGCUGGGUAAUGAGAAGAUCCAUCUGAUCUCCACCCAGUCUUCUAUUCCAUAUGUCCUGAGAAUUGAGCUGAAGGACUGGAGUGGCCAGUACAGGUAUGCCGACUACGCCGUAUUCAAGGUGGCCCCCGAAGCAGACAAGUAUCGCUUAACCUACGGAUAUUACUAUGGCGGGGAUGCGGGUGAUGCCUUUGAUGGCUUUGAGUUUGAUGACGAUGGCAGCGACAAAUAUUUCACAUCCCACAAUGGAAUGCAGUUCAGCACUGCUGACAGUGACAAUGACAGGUAUGACGGCAACUGUGCCAAGCAGGACAAGUCGGGCUGGUGGAUGAACAGAUGUCAUGCUGCACAUCUCAAUGGACAAUACCAUAAAGGAGGUAAAUACACAGCUCAGGAUGCCGGUCCAGACGGUUAUGACAAUGGAAUCAUUUGGGCAACGUGGCACGACCGCUGGUAUUCCCUAAAAGAAACCACAAUGAAAUUGAUUCCUGUGACCAGACUGACCGCCGGAGGUGGACAACAGUUCGGCGAUGGCUCUAAAAACUUGCCUCAGAUUGGAGACGUCUAAGGCAGCAGCACUUUCUCGUUGUUCUGUAAGCUGAGACAAUCUGAGAAAACCCCACAUUGCAGGCACAACGUUUCUUCUUUUGAUUUCUUUUUUUUUUUUUUUUUAAUGCGGAUAUCUGUACCACGUAACAUUGACGUGACAGACACGGUGAAAUACAAAGAGUCAACGAGCCGAGAAUGGUUUCAAAUAAAAAAUUACA